CAAAAAGCCUAAGGUUGAUUACCUCAUAGUCACUUACAUUGAAAUGGAGGUGAAUGAUGAGGAUGUAAGAGUAGGUGCCAACAAGUAUGAAGAGAAGCAACCAAUAGGAACAAGUGCACCAACACAAGAUACCAAAGACUAUAGAGAAGCACCAGCAGCUUCACUGUUUGAGGCUGGAGAGUUAACAUCAUGGUCUUUCUACAGAGCAGGCAUAGCAGAAUUUGUGGCCACAUUCUUGUUUCUCUAUGUCACAGUUUUGACUGUGAUGGGUGUUGCAAAAUCUCCCAGCAAAUGCUCCACAGUUGGUGUCCAAGGCAUUGCUUGGUCUUUUGGUGGAAUGAUUUUUGCCCUUGUCUAUUGCACGGCUGGUAUUUCUGGGGGUCACAUAAACCCAGCAGUGACAUUUGGGCUGUUCUUGGCACGCAAGUUAUCUCUAACAAGGACACUGUUUUACAUUAUUAUGCAGUGUUUGGGAGCAAUAUGUGGUGCAGCUGUAGUCAAGCGAUUCCAAUCAAGCCAAUAUGAGAGACUUGGCGGUGCUGCCAACAUUCUCAAUAAAGGAUACUCCAAAGGCGAUGGCCUUGGAGCAGAGAUUGUUGGCACAUUUAUUCUUGUUUAUACUGUUUUCUCUGCCACUGAUGCCAAGCGAAAUGCCAGAGACUCACACGUUCCUAUUUUGGCACCACUACCCAUUGGAUUUGCGGUCUUUCUAGUGCAUUUAGCUACAAUUCCUAUCACAGGGACUGGCAUCAACCCUGCUAGAAGCUUAGGUGCAGCCCUUGUAUACAACAAGGACCAAGCUUGGGAUAGCCACUGGAUCUUCUGGGUAGGGCCUUUUAUUGGGGCAGCACUUGCAGCGUUGUACCAUCAGAUAGUGAUCAGGGCCAUUCCUUUCAAGUCAAAAUGAUGCAAAAUUGGAGCAAAGCGUGAAGAGUAGUGUCUGGUUUUGCUGAAAACUGGGGAUUACUCACAACAAAUAUACUCCUAUUUCUGCCACUAAAUUUUCUACCUGUCUUAUUAAUUUAUAUACUUCUUCAGUUCAAAACUUAUUGAACAUGCAAUGGAACUUAUGGAAAAGGUGGCUGGUAUGGUUUAUUUCCUUUCAACCCAUAUUACAAUAUCUUCCCCUUCACAUAUCAAAUGCUGUUGG